AUGUCCCUGAAUCAGACGCAAAUCAAGCAGGAGCUCACGCUCCCCCCCGGGCUGAGCAAGAGCAUCCCCCAGCCGAGCCAGGAGCCCGCGCCGUGCCCGCAGCAGCAUCCCGAGCUCCGGGACCCCACACCCCGCCCGGGUCCAGCCCCGGCGGUGGCGACGUGCCCAGAACAAGCCGUGCCCUUGCCAAGCCAGGAGCCGGGCAAAGGAGAAGCCCCCGCGGUCGCGGUGCCCCAGUGCCCGGCCCAGGAGCAGCAGCAGCAGCAGAGCAAGUGCCCUCCACCCUUCCCAGCCGAGGCUCUGCCGUGCCCAGAGGAGAAACCAGCCUGCCAAGAGCUGCCCGUGUCCCGCCCUGACCCAGCCCCGUGUGGGCUGGAGAAGCAGCGCCAGGAGAGCCCCGUGCCAGUCCCUGGGACCCGCUCCGAGGCUGCAGCCUGUGCCCAGGAGAAGCAGCAGAUCAAGGAGCUCCCCGUGCCCGUCCCUGCUCCGCGCCCCGACCCCACCCCGUGCCCCCAGGAGAAGCAGGAGGUCAAGGAGACCCCCGUGCCCAUCCCUGUCCCGCUGCCUGACCCCACCCCGUGCCCUCAGGAGAAACAGGAGAUCAAGGAGCUCCCCGUGCCCACCCCGUGCCCUCAGGAGAAGCAGGAGAUCAAAGAGACUCCUGUGCCCACCCCGUGUCCCCAGGAAAAGCAGGAGAUCAAAGAGACUCCUGUGCCCACCCCCUGUCCCCAAGAGAAGCAGGAGAUCAAGGAGCUCCCUGUGCCCACCCCGUGUCCCCAAGAGAAGCAGGAGAUCGAGGAGCUCCCCGUGCCCAUCCCUGUCCCGCUGCCCGACCCCACCCCGUGUCCCCAAGAGAAGCAGGAGAUCAAGGAGCUCCCUGUGCCCACCCCGUGCCCCCAGGAGAAGCAGGAGAUCGAGGAGACCCCCGUGCCCAUCCCUGUCCCGCUGCCCGACCCCACUCCGUGCCCUCAGCAGCAGCAGGAGAUCAAGGAGCUCCCCGUGCCCACCCCGUGCCCUCAGGAGAAGCAGGAGUGCCAGGACACCCCGGUGCCAGUGCCAGCUCCCUGUCCCGACCCAGAGCAGCUCUCCCUUCCCGAGAAAGCCCCUCCCGUGGAGCAGCAGCAGCUCAAACAGCCCAACCCGUGGCCUCCCGCCCAGAAGUAA